CUCCGUUUGGCCACCACGGCAUGUGCGCGCUCCUGCUGCUCUGCUCCACUCGGCGCCCCUCCUUUCUCCAUGGCUGUCGCGCGCCUGGCUCGCACCUCUGCGCGCCGAGCUCCCUCCUCAUCCCUCCCCGGCGCUGCUCUCUCUCUGAUGCCCAUCUCCCAUGGUCGGCUUGGGAUCCUGCUCUCGUGUUCCUGGCCGGAUUUCCUGCGGACCUUUCCUCCCUCGGAGUUCGUCUCCCUGCGCGUGCCGCGCCUCCUCAGCUCACCUCCCUCUUUGCUGGGCGCGAGCUCCAAGCCCCUGCUCGAACUGCGCGCCGGCCGGACCUCCACCUCGCCCAUGGCGGCUUCCCCCGCUCGGCGUACUCCCUCGCUGGUGGCCGAGCAGCCCACUCAUGGUGCCCAGCUCGCGUCCACGUCCCCUGUUGUUGACACCGUGCGCUCGGCUAGCCAGAUCCGAGGCCGUCCCCGUCGAGCCGCGACCUCGCCUUAGUUCCCAUGACGCUCGUCCUGCUCCCCGACCCCCUCUUCCAUGGCUGCUGCUCACCGGAUUCCUUGAGUCGGCCGUGGUUUCCCAUGAAUUUUGAUGGUCGUGCGUGCGUCCCUGCUCCACCUCGCCCCAUCACAGCGCUCCAGCUUGCCAGCCGUCGUUCUCUGGUCCGUGUGCCGGUCGGCGUCGUGGAGUUUUGUUUGGUCGGCUUGUCGUUGACCUCGCCGGUGUUGUUGAACCAUCGAACCCCUUCCUUAGUCGCGUUGGGUCUCCAUGCCGGUUGUCGUCGUUCGUCGUCGUGUGUGCGGCAACGUCGGUGAUUCCUCCAUGGUGCUUGUCGACGAAUUUCGUUUCAUCGAUUCCUCGCGUUCGGUUCGGCUCACGUAUGCACGCCGAACGCGUUCGCCGCUUAACCUUGUGUCGCUUGAGCUCGUGACCUCGCCGUCGCCGGAGCCCUCACUGGAUUCGUGUCCUCGCCAGCGCUCGCACUAACCUGCUCGACCACACCUCGCCAGCUCGCUCCAGACUCGAUCUCGUCGUCGUUCCGUGUGUCAUCAAGAAAUCCCAAGAGUCGGGUGAAGACGAAGCUAGCAGCGUGAUGUUCACCAAGUACUCGACACAAGGGCUGAACUAGAAUCCUUGCCGUAUUCGCGGAUAGCGCGUCAAAUUUAGCAUGGGUAAGCCGAUUCAUAUUUCUGUUAGCCUAAUUAUUGGAUUGAUGAAUGAAUGCGUCUAGUAUUAUUG